AUGGCUGAAGCUAAAUUAAAAUCAAAAUUAAAGGUUUUAACUUCGAAAAAGCAAACCCUUUUCAAACGAGUACAGCUAUUAUUUGAUAAAAGUCAAAACAUUGCGGAUGAGACAAUUGUGAAUGAUUUUCUUAUCAGAUAUUCGACUUUGAACGAGACCUGUAAUGAGUUUAAGCUCCUAGUUGAUGAUAUAAAUUUAAUAAAUUUAGAGCUAGAUCCUGAAUUUGAGCCAAAUUGUCAAGAAUUAAAUGUAAUUGAUGAAUUGUUUUGUCACAUUAAAUCCGUAGCUGAUUCUCUUAAGGUGAAAAAAUCCGAGCAAGUAAAUGAAUCGGUGAAAUCGAUUGGGGAUAUAGUCUCUCCUAGGCUACCUAAAAUUACGAUUCCAUCGUUUGAUGGCAACCCGUUAAGAUGGCCUAUAUUUUAUGCUACUUUCAAAUCAUUGGUGCAUGAAAACAUAAAAUUGGAUAGUAUUUCCAAAUUACAUUAUUUAUUAGGAAGUUUAACUCACAAUGCACUCGCUUUAUGUAGUGGGGUACCUCCUACACCUGAAAAUUAUUCAAUUAUAUGGGAUUCAUUAAUUGAUAAAUAUCAAGAUGCACGGCAGAUAGCCUUUAUGUAUUUGGAUCAAAUUUUGAAAUUCAAACCUUUUUUAGUGGAAAGUGGUCAAAAUUUAAACUUAUUUGUUGAAAAAUUUGAUAGUGCCGUUAACGCUUUAAAGGAAGUAAAGGUGGGAGAGUUAUCCGAUUUUAUUUUAAUGACAAUUGCCUUACAAAAAUUGGAUGUGCAUACACAGAAGUUAUUUGAACAGUCAUUGGCUAAAGGGGUCAUUCCCACUUACAAUGAACUUUCCGUUUUUAUCAAAACCCAAGCGAAAAUACUGAGUCGAACUAGUGGUUCAGCUAAUUCCAGUAAGCAAGCAAAUUCUAAGGCGGUGAUGCAUUCAUUUGCUAUUAGUGCCGAUUCAAAUUCAUCCGAUGUUAUGAGUAAUAAUACGUAUGAGAAAUUAAUUUGUCCAAAAUGUAAGGGAAAUCAUAAAAUAUUCAAGUGUCAUAAAUUUAUGUCUUUAACGCCUACGGAACGAGUUCAUGUGGUUAAAGCACAUAAUUUAUGUUUCAACUGUUUGCAUUCCAAUCACGGUGUAAAGAAUUGUAGUUCAAACUCGAGCUGUCGUAAAUGUUCAAAACGCCAUCAUACGCUUUUACAUUUUCAUCAUAAGUCAGAUGUCCAUGGUAAAGAUAAUUCAGAAGUUUUAAAGGGUAAUCCCUCCACAUCGAGUGUGUCAGUUGAAUCCAAGCCAUCUCCUCCGGUGAGUUUGUGUUCGACAUCAGAAUUAGUGCAAUCGAAAUAUACUGUAUUAUUGGCUACAGCUCAAGUACAUGUUGUAUCUCAUUUUGGAGAAAAUUUUUUAUUUAGAUUUUUGAUUGACAGUGCAAGUCAAUGCAAUUUCAUAACUCAGAGGUGUUGUCAAAGACUCAAGUUACCAGUGAAUCGAGCGUGUCUGACCGUGUCAGGAAUUGGUGUUUCCGAAAAACGCGUCAACGGACAAGCUCAAUUAAAAUUUUAUAGUAAAUAUGAUAUUCACAAUAAAUACACGAUGAAUGUUUUAAUAGUUGAUAAAAUUACGGAUCAGUUGCCAACCUGUGUGAUUGAUAGUGAAGUGUGUGAUACAUUUAAAAAUUUGCGUUUGGCAGAUGAUGAAUUUUAUCGACCGAGUGAGAUUGAUGGAAUGAUAGGCGCCGAGUUAGUGCCCUACAUUCUGAAGGGACUUCGAAUCACAGGUCCGGAUUCGCCAGUCGCCCUUGAUUCGACGUUAGGUUUCAUUAUUAUGGGUAAAGCGAAAGCUGAAGUCACUAAUAACAUUAUUCAAUCUUAUUGUUGUGUUAACUCUCCCCUUAAUAUGGAUCAACUCAUCCAACAAUUUUGGGAUAUAGAGGAAGUGCCAAACGGUACCGUGUUAAACGCAGACGAUUUAGAGUGCGAAAAAUUAUUUGCGGCGUCUGUUAAGCGAGACGUAAGUGGUCGAUAUGAGGUAGCUUUACCAUUUAAAAAGAUUUUUUCUGAUUUAGGAGACUCUUAUACUUCUGCUUUAAGACGAUUCCAAAACUUAGAAAAACGAUUCGCCUCUAUGCCUUUGUUUAAAAAACAAUAUAUGGAAGUUAUACGUGACUAUUUCGACCAAGGUCAUCUGAAGACCAUAAGUGGCCUACAUCCUAAAUCAUGUGGCUACUUUAUUCCUCAUCACGGGGUUUUUAAGGCUAGCUCCAGUUCUACACCAUUACGAGUGGUUUUCGAUGCGUCCGCGAAAACCGAUAAUGGAAUAUCUUUAAACGAUACUUUAUAUACCGGUCCGAAGUUACAAACUGAUAUUUUAGACAUUCUACUUAAUUUUCGUUUAUUUCAAUUUGCUAUGACAUCAGAUGUGAAACAGAUGUAUAGACAAAUUAAAUUGUGUCCUCCUCAUCAAAAAUAUCAAUGUAUUUUGUGGAGGUUUUCUGAUGAAGAACCUAUUCAAAUUUGCCAAUUAACCACGGUUGCCUUUGGGGUUAAGAGUUCUCCCUACUUAGCUUUACGCACUUUACGCCAAUUAGCUAACGAUGAAGCGAAAAAAUUUCCUUUAGCGUCCGAGAUAAUAUUACGUGAUAUCUAUAUCGAUGACAUAAUUUGUUCUGUGGCCGAAAAGUCGAUCGCGCAUAACAUUUAUCGUGAAUUAGUCGGUUUAUUCCGAGCAGGAGGCAUGGAACUAGUAAAAUGGGCGACUAAUUUACAAUUGUGGCUACUCAAACUUGAGUGGGAUGAACCUAUUCCAAAUUAUUUACAAAAUAUUUGGAAAGCCUUUCAAAAUGAGUUAAACGACUUAAGUCAAAUAAAAAUUCCACGUCAUAUUGGAUUUAAAACGGGUUCUUCGCUAGAAUUGUUGGCAUUUUGCGAUGCAUCGUCCAAAGCAUAUGCCGCAGUUAUAUAUUCCAGGAUUAUAGAUCCGGACCGUCACAUACAACUUCAUAUAUUAUGUGCUAAAUCCAAAGUGGCUCCAGUUAAAACAAUUUUAACUAUCCCUCGUUUAGAGUUAUGUGCGACAUUAUUAUUAGCAAAACUAUUGAAGUGUGUUAUUGCCCAAUAUUCGAAUCGAGUGAAUAUUACUAAUGUGUUUGCGUUUUCCGAUUCAAUGGUAGUGCUUAAUUGGAUCAAUGGUUCCCCCCAUAAGUGGAAGACUUUUGUAGCUAACCGUGUAUCAAAAAUUCAAUCGUUAAUUGAUGUGUCGUCGUGGUAUCAUAUUUCUAGUAGCGAUAAUCCAGCGGAUUGUGCGUCUCGAAGAUUAUCACCGAAAGAAUUUCUUGAACAUCCGUUGUGGUUGAGUGUACCAUCAUGGUGUUCGCGUGAUAGGUCAGAGUGGCCUCUAAAACCCUUUACAAAAAAUAUUGAGCAAGAAGUUGUCUGUGAGGCUAAGACAAUUUCGUUACCCGUUUUCGAAGAGGAAGAGCACCCUCUUUAUUCAUUAAUUAAUCGUUGCGGUUCUUGGUUAAAAUUAAUACGAUCAACCGUAUUUGUGUUGCGAUUCGCUAGAAUAUUGCCAAAACGGGAAAAUAUUAUAGCUACAGAUUUAACCAAAGCCGAGAAUUACUUAAUUUCUAGUGUUCAACGUGUUCAUUUUCGAGAAGAGUUUCGUUUAUUGAAGAAUGACAAACUGUGUUCUCCGAAAAUACGCUUUCUGAAUCCUUUCAUACAGGAUAACAUUAUUCGGGUAGGAGGUCGUUUAGUCAAUGCGGUGAUUGCUUACGACCAACAACAUCCCAUGCUACUCCCCAAAAGAGAUCAUUUUGUUGAUUUAUUAAUCGAUUAUAAUCAUCGAUUCAAUUUACAUGCCGGACCUCAUUUAUUAUUGUCCGUAUUGCGUCAAAAAUAUUGGAUUUUAGCGGCGAGAGGAACGGUCCGUUUUCGUGUACAAAAGUGUAAUACUUGUUUUAAAACUAAACCGCGUUCACACGCACCAAUUAUGGCUGAUUUACCCAGUGUCAGAGUAUCUCAAGCUAAGGCAUUUACUUAUACCGGUGUCGAUUAUGGUGGUCCAUUCUAUAUAACGUUAAGUAGGCAUCGUGGAGUACGAUCCCAAAAGGCUUACAUCUGUCAUUUUACAUGUUUGACAACCCGAGCGGUUCAUUUAGAAUUGGCAUCAGAUUUAAGUACGGAUGUUUUUUUAGCUGCGUUCAAGCGUUUUCUAUCUAGACGUGGGCCGUGUUCUACAAUUUAUUCUGACUCAGGUACAAAUUUUAUUGGUGCUAAACGAUAUUUAAAUGAGUUGUAUGAAUUUGUUCAAUCUAAUCUCUACCAAUCAGCUAUAAAUUCAGAGUUGUCUUGUCGACGUAUCAUUUGGCGAUUGAAUCCACCCACUGGGAGCCAUUUCGGAGGAGCUUGGGAGAGUAUGAUAAAAUCAGUUAAGACUCACUUAACUAGAGUUAUUGGGGAGCAAAUUUUAUCAUAUGAGGAAUUUUCAACCGUGCUUAUACAAAUUGAAGCCUUGUUAAAUUCACGCCCAUUAGUCUGGCAAUCUUCAGAUGCGGCCGAGGGUUUGCCGUUAACCCCGGCUCAUUUUUUAACGUUAACCCCUUUACAAAGUUUACCCGCAUAUAAUGUACUUGAUAAGCCACUAAAUAAGUUACAAAGAAAGGAAUUGCUUGAUAGUUUGGUCCAAUCGUAUUGGAAACGAUGGCACCAAGAAUAUUUAGGCGAGUUACAAACGCGACAAAAAUGGAAUACUCCAACCUGUCCUGUAACUCCGGGUACUUUAGUUUUAAUUAAAAACGAUAAUUUACCGCCACUUCAAUGGCUUACCGGUGUAAUAGAAGAGAAAUAA